UGUUGAGUUGUGUUUAUAUUCAGUAUGAAUUAGAUGUGAAACAUUCUCAGCCCGCUGGUGUAUUUCAGUUUCCUGUUCAAUUUGCAAAGUUAUCACUAGUACACCUCCAGUGAUUAACACUGUAGAAACUUGUGUUCAAAAGAGAUAUUGUGAGAUGGCUUGUUUUUGCACUGAUGUACAAAUGAUGUGUAUAUUUUAAAAUCCUUUAAUUAGACAUGGACAAGCAUCAGCUAGAUGAUGGUUCUAAGGCAGCAAUGGGGACCAUGAAGAAGCAAAAUAAAAAGGCAAAAGACACAAGAAAAAGAAACAAAGAGGCUAAAAAAAGGAAAGAUAACGAGGUAAAAAGAUUGGAAAUGGACCGGGACACAACGGAGAAAGAGAAAGAGAAAGAGAAGAUGGUUGAAGAAAAAAAGAAAGCCGAGCUGAUUUGGAGACUGGAGGAGGAGAGACUGAAGGCUUUGGCAGAAGUGACAGAAACAGACAUGGCAAAGGAACAGAAGGACGGUGAUAUGAAGGCAGACAUAUUGAGGGUGGAAGAACAAGGGAAGAGAGUUCAAGAAAACAGCCAGAAGCAUAAGACAAAACAGGAGCAAGAGACAAUGAAGUUAAAUAUGGGCAGAGAAAGAAUGGAAGAAGAGAUAAAGAUGAUGGAUGCAGAACAUGAUAAAGCCAAUAUGUCAAGGAGACUGGAAGAGAAGAGUAUGAGUGCUCUGGAAGAAGAAGAGGAGAAGAGGAGAGUAAAGGAGGAAGUUGAGACAGAAAUGGUGAAAGGACAUCCCUCCCCUGCAGAAAAGUUAGAGUCUGAUGAUAAAGUCUUGAGAGUCCCUGAAGAAUGUGAAAAAGAAGGAAAGAAAGGCAGGAAUAAAGGCAAGGAGAUCCUGAUGGAGGACAAAGAACCUAUGAUGAAGCCCGAAAAGACAGCACAUGCAAAUUCAGAGAAUAUUCUACUGAAGUCACCUUUACAAGGAGAUCACCUCUCUCCCAUUGUGGAAAAGGUGACAUCAAAACCUUUGGCACCAUUACAAGACAUGUGCAAGCAUCAGCUAGAUGAUGGUUCUAAUGCAGCAAUGGAUGAGGAAUGCAUGAGGAAGCAAAAGAAAAAGGCAAAAGACACAAGAAAAAGAAACAUACAGGCUGAAAAAAGGAAAUACAACGAGUUAAAAAGAUUGGAAAUGGACAGGGACACAACGGAGAAAGAGAAAAAGAAGAUGGUUGAAGAAAAAAAGAAAGCAGAGCUGAUUAGGAGAUUAGAGGAGGAGAGACUGAAGGCUUUGGCAGAAGUGACAGAAAUGUUGAAAGCAAAAAAAGCUAUUCGAAUGUAAACACUAUCGGAAGGGCCAUCUUCCAAAUAAGAUAAUCAGAGACCUAAGACAAAUGUCAUCAUUCCAGAUACUCACAGAUUCACACAGUAUUUUAUUUGAUCUUCUUUCACAUUUUUUUUUUUUCUAGUGACAGCUAUUUUUGACAAUUUGCCUUGAAGACACCCCACACUCCUAUAAUGAAAUAAACAAAACAUAAAGUAUGCUUGGGCAAAAAGGUAGUUUUAUUGUCAUGUUUUAAUAUGACUAGAACAGAGCAUAGAAUUAGAUAGAGUCAGAUGUCAUUAGACAUCCCAAUCGAGAGUCAAAAUCCAAUCCAAAAAGGGUCAACCUAGAGCAAAUAAUAAAUCAAUGAGGAUUCAGGAAUCAUAGUAAAAAAGGGUCAGACAAAAGUCUGAAUAAACCAGAACACAAGACUUCACAAUGACAGAGAAAAGAGAAGUUUAAAUACACUGGCAGACAAGAAAUAGGUGAAGACCCUUGACAUGACAAGGUGAGUGGAAGAGUCCAUUAGAAAGAUGAGGGGAGCAAUGAGUUUCAGUUGCAGUCAUGACAGAACCCCUCAGGACAGGCUCUAAAGCCGAAAAACAUUUUCCUGAGGUGCUUUUCCACUGGGAACGUCCCAGGUGGAGCAA